AUGGCAGCUAUCCUCCCCGCGCUUAUUCCGGACAUCGAGGCCGUCUACGACGUCUACUUCAAGGCCUUCCAGACCGACCGAAUGGGCUCCCUGAUGCUCGAUAUCCUCUUCCCAACUGGCGUGAACGAGGAAUUCCGCAAGGCACACACCGUUGCCACUGCGCAAUAUUGGCAUCACAGCAGCAAUCAGUACACAUACAAGGCCGUUGACAUUGCCACCGGAGACAUUGUUGGCAUGGCCCUUGGCGAUGUCUACAUGAAGGAGCGCUCCGAGGAGGAACGCAAGAAUCCUGGUGUCGAGUGGCUUCAGGGCGAGCAACGGGAGCGCGCCGAGACCAUUCUCAACCCUCUCUGGGAAGUCCGCGAGAAGCUGUUUGGCGGACGCCGUUACAUCUAUGUGCAUGUGAUUGCUGUGGAUCCGGCAUAUCAAGGCCGAAAGGCGGGUGCGCUGCUUGUGAACUGGGGCAUCGAGCUGGGUGAGAACGCCAUGCUCCCUGUCUAUGGUGAGGCCUCCCCCACAACUGCGGCUCUGUACCGCAAGAUGGGCUUCGAGACGCUGGAGGAGAAGAUUGUCCACAAGAAGGAGACCCUGGGCACAGAGACGGAUAUUGUGGUCCCUCUGAUGGUGAAGAUGCCCUCGUCCUGCGGGCUGACCUUUGCUGAGUGGCGCGAGAAGGGAUACCCUGAGCUGACCAGGAAAUGA